CCAGAGCUCGGCGAGGCGCCUGGAGGAGGGUGCGCGACAUGGGGGUCACCGUGGACGUUCACCAGGUGUUCCAGUACCCCUUCGAGCAGGUGGUCGCCUGUUUCCUCCGAAAGUAUCCCAACCCCAUGGAUAAAAAUGUCAUCUCUGUAAAAACUGUGGAAGAAAAGAAAGAUGAAUCAACAGGACUCAUCUAUAGAAAGAGGAUUGCUAUCUGUCAGAAUGUGGUUCCAGAAAUUUUAAGAAAGGUGAGUAUUUUAAAGGUACCUCAUGUCCACCUAGAAGAGGAAUCGUGGCUCAGUCUUCAGGAAAGGAACAUGGCUAUACGGAGUCACUGCCUCACGUGGACACAGUACGCAUCCCUGAGGGAAGAGUCUGUCUUCCGGGAAAGUGUGGAAAAUCCAAAUUGGACAGAGUUUAUUCAAAGAGGCAGAAUUUCGAUCACAGGGGCUGGAUUUCUCAAUUGUAUUUUGGAAACUUUUGCUAGUACCUUCUUAAGACAUGGAGCCCAAAAGGGAAUUAGAAUAAUGGAGAUGCUGCUAAAGGAACAGUGUGGUGCCCCCUUAGUGGAAUAAAGAAUCAUCAAAUCCCUUCUCGGCCACGACAUCAUAGAAACAAUUAUUGGAUGCAAGUUUCAGGACACAGAAUCUGUGGCUUAGAGAAAAGGAGACCUUCCUGUCAAGCACAGAUUGACACUCUACUUUGGAGCCUGCUUCAAAUCAUGGGACUCAUGGAGAUGAGACCUUUCAGUUGGAUUUUAUGACAUGGUCUCUUUUCAAUCUUAUGAAUAAAGGGAAAGAACAUAUCAGAUGAUAUCUAUACUUCCUCAAGAUGUCCUGCUCAUUUCCUGUGAUGGUGUCAGGGUGGCCAAGGGUAGGAUGGAGGCCUGGGAAAGCACCUUAUACUCAUCGGCUGUCAGCAUCAGCAAUCAUAGGAUCCAGGAGAGGAUUCUGGGACACAUAAAGAGGUCCACCCUGGUACCUUUUUCCAGUGAGAUGGAAUAGAAAGGCAGUGUGCCAGAGAUGUGGUGAAACUAAGCUACAUGUAUAUAUACCAUGGUCAGCUAACCACAUGUAUACUAUGGUCAGCCAAGCCACAUGGAUAUCAUGGUCGGCUAACCAUACAUAUACCAUGGUCAGCUAACUACGUGUAUACCAUGGUAAGCCAAUCCACAUCUAUACCAUGGUCAACUAACCGUAUGUAUACUAUGGUCAGCUAAGCACAUGUAUACCAUGGUCAGCUAAGCCAUAUCUAUAUCAUCAUCAACUAACCACAUGUAUACCAGGAUUAGCUAAGCCACCUAUGUAUGAAUAUUUGAGAUUCUCAAACGUCAGUACGGUUUUUAGGAGAUGACGUGUAAACUCUGGCUUGUUCCUCCGCAAGAACAUGGAGUGAAGAGUAUGGAGAGUCUGGGUGUGGUUCCCACUAACUUGUUUUGUGAUGUGGCACAAACUGUACAGCUCUGUUUUUGACUAGUAAAGUCGGAGUCAUCAGGCAUGAUUCUUUCUAUCUGCGGGUUUAGCUUGAAGAGCACAGGUUUGGGCCAGUCAGAUGGGUGUGGAUUAAAUCCAGUUUCUGCCACUGAUAAUUUAAUGAGUGCGCACAUCAUUUUUAAACCUUUCCAAAGCUAAUUUAAUUAAAAAUUGUGCAAGGGGGUAAUGGCUCUAAAUGAGGUUAUUGGACUG